UAAAUCAGAUCAGAUGUUUCGUUUUAACGGAGGUGUCGGCUCAACUGAUUCACUGAAAAGAUUCAAAUCAAAAGAACGAUUCGCUCACGAAUCGGACAUCCGUGAUCAUCAAUAUGGCGGCCUCCGUGGUGACUUGGGCUGGUUUAGCCGCAAUUGGUCGUGCUUGUGGACAUAUUCGCUCUAGGUUGCUUGGAUCUUCAUCAACGUUAUCUCAGGUGUCUUGUCUUCACACAAGUACAGAGUUAAAUAGCAAACACUGGGAAAGGAAAAGUCUGAUUGUAUAUCCACCUCAACAGAAAGAUGAACCACGCAGACCUGCUGAGAUUUAUCACUGCAGACGACAGAUUAAAUACAGCAAAGACAAGAUGUGGUACUUGGCUAAAUUGAUCAGAGGUAUGACCAUUGACCAGGCACUCACUCAGCUCGAGUUCAACGACAAGAAGGGAGCUAAAAUAAUCAGAGAGGUGAUAUUGGAAGCUCAGGACAUGGCGGUCAGAAAUCUCAAUGUGGAAUACAAAUCAAAUCUAUAUAUUGCUGAAUCAUUCUCUGGCAAGGGAAAAUACCUAAAGCGCAUUCGUUAUCAUGGACGUGGAAUGUUCGGCAUCAUGGACAAAGUGCACUGCCACUACUUCGUAAAGCUUGUUGAGGGAGUCCCGCCCAAAGUUGAGCAGAAGACAGGAUUCGACCAGGCCAAGGAGUAUGUGGAGCAACUGAGGAACCGAACAAUUAUUCACUCCCUAUAG